UGUUUGUGAAUGACGUAAGGAGCGUAAAACAAGAUGGCGACGUCUUAAGCGUAAAUCGGUGUGAAUUCGUUUAUCGACGUAGAAGUCGGCCUCUUUUGAGGCGCGGGUGUUGAUUUAAGGUUAUUCGGGAGCACAACAACCCUCAUAACCAGAUAAGUCCUCACUGGACGCCCCGGAAUAACCUUCGACCCUCCGGUGACAUCCGGAGAGGCGACCUGCUGACAGACAGGAUGGACGGCGGAGAAUACAUAGAAAACAUGGAUCCGACUCUGGCAGAGUUGGGGGACGAAUUCACCCUGGGAGACAUCGACGAGAUGCUGCAGUUCGUCAGCAACCAGGUGGGGGACUUCCCAGACUUGUUCGAGGACCAGAUGAAGUCAGUGGGCUCAGUACAGACCGGCUGCUCCAGCACCCCCCCUCAUCCUGCCAUCCAGACCCCCCAGACGCCAGCCCCCGUCGCUUAUCCAAGCACCAACAAUAGUCUUGCCAUCUCGCAGACGUUUUCUCCCCAGUCCAUACCCCUCACCCCUCCCCUCACUCCUGCACAGACCCCCGCCUCCACCACAAGCCCCUCAGUCCAGCAGCAGGUGACCCGCAGCCCUCCACUUCUUCAACCACGGCCUCAGGUGGUCCAGCCCAUCCAGCCUCAGCCCCAGCAGGUGGCCCAGCCCACCAUCCAGAUGCACACACAGGGGAUCCCCAUGCAGACCCAGAGCUUCCCAGUGCAAACUCUGGUUCAGACCCACAGCCAGACACCGCUGCCCAUACAGACUCAGGGGGCCCAAACUGUGAUGAUUGCAUCCAACGGCGGGCAGUCGCGUUUCAUCCAGAAUCCCGUCAUCUGCCACCAGAGUCCUGCUCCCGGCUUCCAAGUCCUACAGCCACAGAUGCAGAGCAUCAUGACCUCACCACAGCUGCAGCCAGUGACCAUUCAGCAUCAGCGCGUUCUGACUCCAACGGGUCAGACCAUCCAGACUCUGUCCACUGCGCCCACGGUCCACGCCAUGCAACAGCAGGUGCAGCAAGUUCCUGUUCUGGUCCAGCAGCCUCAGAUUCUGAAGACAGACUCACUGGUUCUCACAACACUCAAACCUGAUGGCACUCAGGUUCUGUCCACCAUGCAGAGCCCGGCGGGCAUCACCACGCUGACCACGCCCAUCCAGAGCACGGCUCUGCAGGUGCCGACGCUGAUGAGCAGCAACAUCCUGACCACCGUCCCCGUCAUGAUGGGAGGAGGAGACAAGCUGCCAAUCAAGCAGCUCCAGCCGGGCUCCACCCACUGCACCACGGCAGCCCGGCCAAGCAUGGAGCAGAGCCCGGUGAUGGCAGGAGGAGUGGGCCCGGGUGGAGUGGUGAAGGAGGGCGAGAGGAGGACCACCCACAACAUCAUCGAGAAGAGGUAUCGCUCCUCCAUCAACGACAAGAUUGUGGAGCUCAGAGACCUGGUUAUGGGCAGCGACGCCAAGAUGCACAAAUCAGGAGUGUUGAAAAAAGCCAUUGACUACAUCAAAUACCUGCAACAAGUCAACCACAAGCUGCGACAGGAGAACAUGACUCUUAAGAUGGCGAACCAGAAGAACAAGCCAGCGAUGAUGUCUGAAGACGUGGAGCUCAAACAGGAGGUGGUCAUGAUGUCCCCUCCAGCCUCUGACUCUGGUUCCAGUUCCCCUCACCAGUUCUCCCCUUACUGCGUGGACUCAGAACCGGGCAGCCCCUUACUGGAUCACGAUCAGGUGAAGAGUGAACCCAACUCCCCGUCCUCGGUGGGAGUGAUGGAUCGCUCUCGGCUGCUUCUCUGCGCGCUGACCUUCUUCUGCCUCUCCCUGAACCCGCUGCCGUCGUUGUUGGGUUCUGAUGCCUCAGGGAGUCCCAGCUUGUCCACGGGUCAUGGGCCGUCUAGAAUGCUCUUUGGGUUCCCAAACCACACGCAUGAUUUUGCGUCGUGGCUGCGCUGCCUGCUGCCCUGGGUGAUGGUGUGGGUGCUGAGCGGAGUGGGAGCCGUGUGGGGCUGCGUCAGGGUGCUGUACCUGUGGGAGCCCGUCACGCCCCUCCACUCGCCCAAGUCUGUGUCGUUCUGGAGACACCGCAAACAAGCCGACCUGCAUCUCAAAAGGGGAGAUUACACAUCAGCACUGGCCAGUCUGGAGACCUGCUUGUCCGUCUUGACCAGAGCUCUCCCGUCAACCAAUCUGGACCUGGUCUGCUCCCUGACGUGGAACCUGAUCCGCUACUGCCUGCAUCGCCCCGUUCCUUUGGGUUGGCUGGUUCACCAGGUCAGAGGAAAGCACGAGGGGGAGGAGGCCAAGACCAGCGCAAGGGAUGCAGCACUGGUGUACCACCGGCUGAGCCAGCUGCAGCUCACAGGAAAGCUGCCUCAGUGUAGCAGCCUGUGGGCUUUGUCUGUUUCUCUGAGCGCGGUCAACCUCAGCGAGAGCGCCCGGGGCAAGAUGGCCGCCUCCCAGCUCACCGAGAUCUACGUCACUGCGGCAGUGGCCCUACGCACUGUGCUGGGCCACCACCUGUCCUGUCUGCCUGGUUACCUGUUGAGCUGUGCAGAGGGUGUGGCCAGCCUCUCUGAGACCAAGCCGAUCCCUGACUGUCUGCGCUGGCUCUUCACUCCCCUGGGCCGGCAGUUCUUCCUGAGCUGCGACUGGUCUGUGAAGUCAGAGAGCAGCGACUGUGUUUACACGUCUCAGAGAAACUCGGUUGACCCUGUUGCCCAGCUGCAUCGCUGCUUCUGCAGGAAGCUGCUGGAGAGAGCUGUUCACACGCUCAUCCAGCCACAGAGCGACUCUGAAGCAGACAAACGCAAGCUCGAGUCUGGGGAGUUUUCCAGUGUCUUGGAGUUUCUCCAGUUGUUGAACAGCUGCACAGAGGACUCACCUUCCCCUCCGCCUCCCUUCUCCACUACUCUCAGUCACAGCACCACACCAGUGGGAGACCCGGUGAGUCGCUGGUGGGCUGUGGUGCUGAAGGCUGCUGUGCACUGGCUGCAGGGCAACGAUGCUGCGGUGAGGCCGCUGUUAGUGGAUGCAGAGCGGAUGCCAAGGGCUCUACACACGCUGGACCACCCUCUGCCCAAAGCUGUGCUGCUGCUGUGCAAAGCGGUUCAGAUGAGUGUGUCUCCUCUGAAGGGAGAAGGAGCAGCUGCCUGCCUGUCGCUCUGUGACAGAGGCAGCAGCUACCUGUGCUCCAGCAUCUCUGUGCCGCUCGCCCAGUCCGGGAACUGGCUCAACAAGGGUGUGGAGCUCCUGCUGUGUGAUCUGCUGCUGACCUUGAGGACCAGUUUAUGGCAGCGAGGAGGCAGCAGUAAUGGAGAACCUGGCCCGGCUCCUGGACCCCAGUUGGCUGGGUUCCAGAGGGACCUCAGCGCACUCAGAAAGCUCACGCAGUGCUACAGACAGGCUCAACACAAGGUGUUUCUUCAUGAGACCACGGUGAGGCUAAUGGCUGGAGCCAGUCCAACCAGGACACACCAGCUCCUGGAGCACAACCUCCGCCGCAGAACUCACAGCUCCUACACAGCCGAAGGUGAGUGUGUUCUAGGCGAGAGGGAGAGGGCUCACGCCAUCCUGCUGGCCUGCCGCCACCUGCCCAUGCCCCUGCUGACCCCACCCGGACACCGCGCCCGCCUGCUGGCUGAGGCCAAGCGCACCCUGGAGCGCGUGGGAGACCGGCGCUCGCUGCAGGACUGCCAACAGAUCCUGCUGCGCCUCAGCGGGGGCACCACCAUCGCAGCCUCCUGAUCUCACACACAAACAGAUCAGAGCCACACUUCACCAACACAGUAACUGAAACUAGAUUUACACCACACAUUCAUGCCCCUCUUUAUUUUAUACAGUGGCUAAAUAACCUUCACUUUUCUUUCCUUUUGCUUUGAAUGCUUAGUUACAUGGUUGUGGCCCGAUCAUGCCACCUUCUGGUCAGGAGAGGAACCAUGAAUUAGCCGACAGACUCACGGAACAGUUUUACAAAGCGAGCUGAAGUCUGUUAAAUAGGUCUCAAAGGAAAAACAAACCAUAAUCAAGCUUCCCUGCAGCUGUUCAUUCAUUAGUCAGACACUGAGCUGUACGAUCAUUAGGACGCUGCAAUGAGUUAUAAAAGCUGUGUAAUGUUGAACCUGCCUGCUUCAGUUAAGAGCCUCGGCGCGUUCACGAGCAGACAGCAGGUCCAGAAGGCUCAGCCCUGAAACAGGACGGACCAAGGACUCGUAGACAAGCGCGCUUUGAAGUAGUGUCUCUUCUUAUCUACCUCAUACACACUACAGUGCCAGCGUCGAGGAGCGAGCCAGCAUAGCUGAGCUCCAGUCAGUUGGCCGAGGUGACGUCAAUUCAAGAAUGCAGCAAAGGUUUCUUAGUAGAAUAUGACUUAAAUUUGAGAAAAAGCAGGAUCUUUAAACUGAUAGGGAAAGUGUUCGAAUGGGGUUGUGUGUGAGUAUUGGAGGGAAAAAACCAGCCACGCACUGAAAGGCAGAGGUGUGGUCCCGUUUUUGUAAUGUUAAGGAUUUUACCCUCUUCUGAUCAUGUGAUGUGGAAACCAAACGGCAGAUCAGCCUCACACUGAUGUCGGCAAAAAGUCUAGGGAUGAACCUUCAGCACUGCAUCCUUCAGCACAGCAUCCUUCAACACUGUGCUGGGCUGAAGGACUCACAGUUUAUCAGAUGUUCAUUUAGCUGCGUGCUUGCUGAGCCUGUUCUGCUUUUGGAAGGUCUCCACAGCUUAAAAAGCCAAACACACACACACACACACACACACACACACUCUCAUACACAGCGUGAUUGUAAAUAGGUUGUACAUAGAAAGACAUGUAGGUUUAACAGAGGUUUGUAUCUGCGGCCUGAGAGGAGACGCACGUCAGACACCACUGUAACACGUGUUCUCUAGUUUUAAGUUGAGGUCUCAUCUCCUGAAAGCGAAAAGCCACCAAAACGCAGACUCUGUACUCAUGCAGCUUUGCUUCCUGGCUUUCAGCUGCAGUUUUGGCUGAUGUUAAUUUGUUAUAUCAACAGGUGGUCGCCCUAAAAGGUUCAGGCAGAAUAGUGGCUCUGAAGGUUUUAGUGCUUAAUCACUUUGAGGUGUGAAAAUUGAUUGAAAUGCUGUGAACAUGCUGAUAAAAGUGAGGGAUUUUAUUUGUUUGCAAUGUUCACAAAUGAUAUAAAGCUCUCAAGCAAAUGGCCUUUAUGUCAUGUAAAAAUGUUUUAUGUUUCAUCAUGUUCAGAGUGAUGGCAAAGUUGCCUCUUUCUCUUUUUUUCUGUCGAUGUAUAAAUGAUGCAGCACUUGUCAGGUCCAUAUCUGCGCUCUGAUGGUCUUAUUUAAUGGUUGUUUAACGUGAACAUAAAUGCAUUUAGGAUGGGAAGGGAAGAGGGUCAUUGUUUUAUGUAUCAGAAGUCAGGAACCUCCACUGGGAAGAUCUAGGGUAAGUUUUAAGCCCCAGUUUAAGCUUUGUAUGUUCUGUCUCCCAGGUCAACACAUCGUUUAAGUUGGCAAAUUAAAAUGUAAGAGUUCAGUCAACACCUACAUCAGUUUGGAUUUAUUUUACUGGACAUGAUGCCUAAAGCAGCCCUCAACCAGCUGCUGCAGUUUCCAGGUUUUACUUAUUGUAUAAUUGUUACAAGUUUUUUUUUGUUCCCCUUGUGUUUUAUUAUCUAAAUGUAUGUGUUCAUUUUUUGUUUUAUAAUAAAAUGGUGGUUUUGGA